CAAAUAAUGCACGAGAAGAGUACAAGGAAACGGCAAAGAAAAGAUAAGAAAAGAAAUGAUUUUAUUCUUCAGUUUGGUGGGUCAACACCCUCUCGUUCAAUGGACCCAAAUCCCAAAAAUUACUGUUACGAUCUGCGAAUGGUAAGAAAGUUGAUCCCAAUUGGGCUUCGGUGUUGACAUUACAAACUAGAGUGGCGAUUCUGCAAUUCGCCAGAGAAGCUCAGAGAUUUGAAACUUGUAUCUUCAUCGCAGAACCAGACAACAAUGUCGGAAUUGGCGAACACAGAUCCCGAAGGUAUAGACGGAGUCCGCAUGACGUGGAACGCAUGGCCUCGCACCAAGGUCGAAGCCAGCAAGUGCGUCAUCCCACUUGCUGCCAACAUCUCCUUGAUCCGUUCUCAUCCUGACAUUCCGCAGCUCCCUUAUGCCCCUCUGCGCUGCAAGACUUGCUCGUCCGUUCUGAAUCCCUUCUCCCGUGUUGAUUUCACUGCUAAGAUCUGGAUCUGCCCCUUUUGCUAUCAACGCAAUCAUUUCCCCCCUCAUUAUAAUGCAAUCUCUGAGACCAAUGUUCCUGGGGAGCUCUACCCCCAGUACACAACUGUCGAAUAUGUGCUUCCUAUCUCCUCCAACCCCAAUUCAUUCGGGAACCCCAAUCUCGAUCCGGCCCAUCAGUUGCAGCCUUCCCCUGUUUUUGUCUUUUUGCUCGAUACAUGCAUGAUCGAGGAGGAGAUGGAAUUUGUGAAAUCUGCACUUAGACAGGCGAUUGGCCUGCUACCUGACAAUGCUCUCGUAGGUUUCAUUUCUUUUGGUACCCAGGUUCAAGUUCAUGAAUUGGGGUUCCCGGACAUGUCUAAGGUUUAUGUGUUCCGAGGUAGCAAGGAGAUUGCGAAGGAACAUAUUUUGGAGCAACUGGGUCUGGGUGCCUCUGGGAGGAGACAGGCCAGCGCAUAUCAAACGGGGUUGAAGGGUGGAUUCCCCACUUCAGGGGUAACGCGGUUUUUACUGCCUGCAUCUGAUUGUGAAUACACUCUUAAUUCGCUAUUGGAUGAAUUGCAAACCGAUCAAUGGCCUGUUCAACCAGCUAGUCGUCCAGCUCGGUGCACCGGAGUUGCUUUAAGUGUCGCAGCAGGAUUGCUUGGUGCUUGCGUUCCUGGUACGGGGGCUAGAAUCAUAGCUUUGGUCGGGGGUCCAUGCACCGAAGGACCAGGCUCGAUUGUGUCCAAAGAUCUAUCUGACCCAGUGCGUUCUCAUAAAGACCUUGAUAAAGACGCAGCACCCUACUUUAAAAAAGCUGUCAAAUUCUAUGAGGGUCUUGCAAAACAGCUGGUUAGCCAGGGUCAUGUUUUAGACCUUUUUGCAUCAGCCCUUGAUCAGGUUGGAGUUGCAGAAAUGAAAGUUGCAGUUGAAAGGACAGGUGGCCUUGUUGUUCUUGCUGAAAGUUUUGGUCAUUCAGUUUUCAAGGACUCAUUUAAGCGUGUUUUUGAGGAUGGGGAGCAGUCGCUUGGUCUUUGUUUUAAUGGAAACCUUGAGAUCAACUGCUCCAAGGAAAUAAAAAUUCAAGGAAUUAUUGGACCUUGCACAUCAUUGGAAAAGAAAGGGCCUUCAGUUGCUGAUACUGUGAUAGGAGAGGGGAAUACAACAGCAUGGAAGAUGUGCGGCCUUGACAAGAGUACUUGCUUGACAGUGAUGUUUGAUCUUUCAACAAAUGAUCGUUCAAACAAUCCAGGAACCAUCAACCCGCAGUUUUACCUUCAGUUCCUUACAAGUUACCAGGGUCCUGAUGGCCAAUUAGCUCUUCGUGUAACAACAGUAACUAGAAGAUGGGUAGAUAGUGCUGUUAGCUCUGAGGAAUUGGUACAAGGAUUUGAUCAAGAAACAGCUGCAGUUGUAAUGGCUAGAUAUGCUUCUCUGAAAAUGGAGAUGGAGGAAGCAUUUGAUGCCACACGGUGGUUAGAUCGACACCUCAUUCGUCUCUGUUCAAAAUUUGGGGACUACCACAAGGAUGACCCAUCGUCAUUUACACUAAACCCUUCAUUUUCAUUGCUCCCUCAAUUUAUGUUCAAUCUGCGACGAUCACAGUUUGUACAGGUUUUUAACAAUAGUCCAGAUGAGACUGCCUACUUCCGCAUGCUGUUGAACAGGGAAAACAUUAGUAAUGCCGCCGUCAUGAUACAGCCAUCUUUGAUAUCAUAUUCAUUCAAUUCACUGCCUGCACCUGCAUUGUUGGAUGUAUCUUCCAUUGCUGCUGACAGGAUUCUGUUGCUAGAUUCAUAUUUUAGUGUCGUCAUUUUUCAUGGGAUGACAAUAGCUCAGUGGCGCAAUUUAGGAUACCAGAACCAGCCAGAACAUCAGGCAUUUGCGCUACUAUUACAAGCUCCACGUGAUGAUGCUCAAAUCAUCAUCCGAGAUCGUUUUCCUGUUCCUAGAUUGGUAGUCUGUGAUCAACAUGGUUCCCAGGCUAGAUUUUUAUUAGCAAAGCUGAACCCCUCGGCAACGUACAGCAAUGCACACGAGAUGGCGACUGGUUCAGAUGUGAUCUUCACUGACGAUGUGAGCCUUCAAGUCUUCUUUGAGCAUCUUCAGAAGCUGGCUGUCCAAUCUUGAAAGAGGUGAUGGUAGAGACUGACAAUGUUUACAAGUCUUGGACUUCGGUUGGAAAAUUCACCCAGGAUGUGUCCUGUCGCAAUGUGAAUUGUGAUGUUACAUUCAGUUAUAUUCCUUUCUUUGUUCCCAGAGGAAAUUUGACGGUCAUACCAAUUGAAGAAUAAGGGAAGUAAAUCUGAAACGUGUGAUUCUUUUGGGGUUCUGAUCGGCUUGUUUGAGGAAAUAAGGGUUCAAAAGCUUGUUGAGUUUGGGGUAAAAAUGUGGAAAGAAAGGAUAAUGGGAAUGCAAGAGAUAGCUCUGCAUAUGAUCGGCGACUAGGUAGAUGAGGGGAUUUUUCGGCCUUUAUAGUUUUGAGCCAAUUAUGAAUUUUGGGGCUUUUUUUUAAUCUGGAUUUAUUUUUAUGGUUUGUGUUUUCUUGCUCCCCAGGUUACAGAGUAAUGAAAUCAUUUUCUCGUUAUUGGAGUUUGACAUCA